GCUGGUACGUCCUUUACGUGAUGACGUAACAGGGAGAGGGUUUCUCCUGGCUCUGCCUUCAAACCGUCGCAUUCUUUGGUUUGCCGUCGCUUCGCCCGUACCUCAAUCAACACAGAAAUGUCUGACUUCUCGGAAGAUCAAAUCCUUGAGUUUAAGGAGGCAUUCUUGCUGUUCGACAGGACAGGGGAUGGCAAGAUCAGCUUCAGCCAGUGUGGGGAUGUCAUGCGAGCCCUGGGACAGAACCCUGUCAAUGCUGAAGUUCUCAAAGUCCUGGGCAACCCCAAGGCUGAAGAGAUGAACAUGAAGAUGCUUGACUUUGAGCAGUUCCUGCCCAUGUUCCAAGCCAUCGCUAAGAACAAAGAUCAGGGCUCCAUGGAAGAUUUUGUUGAAGGACUUCGCGUCUUUGACAAGGAGGGCAAUGGCACAGUAAUGGGAGCAGAACUACGUCAUGUCCUCACAACGCUAGGUGAGAAAAUGACAGAGGAAGAGGUGGAGACACUUUUGGCAGGACACGAAGAUGCAAAUGGAUGCAUCAAUUAUGAAGCAUUUGUUCGCCACAUCAUGUCGGGCUGAGGGCUGAACUGGUCAGAAUGGUUAUGAGCGGAUGAAGAUGAGGAACAUCCCACCUUUUCUCUUCACAUCACUUUUGCAUUUUGCUUUCACUGUUUUCCAACCUUUUCCAUGAAUUUGUUAAACAGUUUUAAUUUAAGAAGUGCCUUUACAUUCCCCAGAAAGGACCACAAAACCCCCUUCCACGUCUAUCUAUAUGUAUGACCAACAUUAUUCAUUAAGCAUUUGCAAGCCUUUGUCCUUGCAGUUUUAAAAUACAAUUACAAAAUGCAACAUUUAUCACAACAUAAACAUGCUGUAACUGUAGAUAUUAGUGUGUCAACAUUGGAUAAGACAUUAAUAUAUAUCAAACAUGCACACAAUACUGUCAUUUAACUCUUGUAUCAUUGGCUAAGACUUGCUAUUGCUGAACUCAAAAUGUCCCAUAUUUAGCAGCAAAUUGAUGUAUUCAAAGUCAUAUCAUCACGAGUUAAAAUCAUUUCACCCCACAUUUGUUGCUUCAUUUGAAUAAAGGGUUGUUUUUUUUUCCUGAAA